AUGAAGAUCUAUUAUAUGGGAAUUCUCCGCAACGAGACCAAGCCCGCCUUGGAGCUCUGUGGAGAGAAGGACCUCAGCAGUUUCUCCAGAUUCACCCGCGAGAACUACAAUGAAUUCAUGAUGCUAUUCACAAAGACCGUUGCCGAACGAACAAAACCUGGCCAAAGGCAAACAAUUGAAGAGAAGAGUUACACCUUCCACUCCAUGAGCCGAGACGGCAUCGCAGGCGUCAUCGUCAGCGACAGCGAAUACCCCCCACUCGUUGCGCAACAACUUCUCUCCAAGAUUACCGAUGAAUUCAUCUCCAAACACCCACACAGCGAAUACGCCAACACAAACCUCCCCGAACGAAGCUUGUCGUUCCCUCAGCUCGCCGAUUAUAUCAAGAAAUACCAAGACCCGUCGCAGGCCGAUUCAAUCAUGAAGAUCCAACAGGAGCUAGACCAGACCAAGAUUGUGCUACAUAAAACGAUCGAGUCUGUUUUGGAGCGAGGCGAGAAAAUCGACAGCUUGGUCGCCAAGUCCGACGGUCUUUCUGCUCAGAGCAAGAUGUUUUAUACUCAAGCCAAGAAGCAAAACUCCUGCUGCAUUGUCAUGUAA